AAACUUGAACGUUGUGGUCAACACGCAUUGCACUCUUUCGACUCACUUGCUCAUGUUGAAAAGGUGCUCACAGGUCUUUCACCGCUCACUUAUACAAUCAAAAUGCAACAGUCGCCUGGCUUACUGCAAUACCCUUUCCCAACUUAAUUCUCCUCCACAACUAAGACCGUCGCGGUUCUUGUCACUGCCAGGGCAAAUUGUCCAAUUUCAGACAGCCACUGGUACUACCAGUUCACUGCCAACCUUCCUUCAAUUUGCUCGUGCGCAGCUGCGUAAUGCAACUCAUAGAGACCUGCUUCGUUUCCGGUAUAGCUCCCCCCGUCGUCCACCCCGCAGGCCAAACUGGCUAGAUUCAAUAAACGGAAACGUCAUAUUCGUGGCCAUCAUCGUAAUAAACGCUGGCGUGUUUCUUCUCUGGCAAGGCGCCAAGUCCACAUACCAAACUACUCGUGACCCCACACUCUUGAUCUUUCUCCGGGACAACUUUUUAGUUAGCUGGCAAAACAUCACCUCCGGUCGUGUGUGGGCGCUAGUAACCUCAUGUUUUUCACAUCAAGACAUGGGACACGCAUUCUUUAAUGGCCUUUCAUUCUACUUCAUGGCCCCCAGCGUCAUGCAAGUCCUCGGGAACUCGCGUUUCUUGGCGCUCUACUUUUUCGGGGGCAUCGUAUCUAGCAUGACGAGUCUCGUAUGGAACCGUUUCUACAAACGUCAAUCUAACUACUCUUCACACGGCGCAAGCGGCGCAAUAUUAGCAACCGUCGCAUUUUACGCCUGUGCAUUUCCAAGGACGACGUUUUUAAUAUUCUUCGUCAUCCCUUGUCCUGCGUGGGCGUUCCUUCCUGGCAUCCUCGCGUUUGAUGUGUACAGGAGUGUUACAGAUGCUAGAACGAUGACAGAUACAGCAGGUCAUGUCGGUGGAAUGCUGUCAGGCAUUGGUUUCUUCUUAUAUAGAGUGGCUCUUCGUCGCUAGACUUGCCAAAUCCUCCUGUGAUGGCAUUUAUGAUGCCAACUAAUGAUGCCACU